AUGGGGCAAAGUAAUUAAUUUAUAUAUAUAUUCCCUUUCCCUCUAAGAGAGUGUGAGUGGAGGGGUUGUGAUUAAAUUAUAUUUGUUGAGCUAGUCAUUGAUUCCUACUUUGAGUUUACUUUGCAAUGAAUCCUUUGACCUUCCUUGUUUUGGAGGGAACAGGGAUAACACAGUGCUGCUGCUAAUUAUCUUCAACUCAAUUUCUCUGCAAGUUUAUGUGUUUUUCUUCUUCACUGCCUAAGCCUUGUCUGUGUGUGUCUCUCUCGUCUCUAGGAAAGGAGGAGAUUAGAGAAGAAGGCAGAGUUUUUGUUGUUGUGGUUAUGGAGUGGGACUUUAAGGACUUUGCUUGUUGGGAUUCAACUGAUGAGCUGGAGUUGGAGUUGGAGUUGGAGUUGGAAUUGGAGCAGCAAAAACAGGAACAAGAUAGUGACCUUGCUGCUUUGGUUGGGUCCAUCUCACAACCCCAGAAGAAGAAGAGAUCAGCAGCUGCUGGAUCUUUACUAGUUGAUUUAAACUUGUCUGAUUCUCCUCCUGCUGUACACAUGUUCAAGGACCCAAUUAAGCCCUCAGCUGUGGCGUCAUCAUCGUCACCGUCAUCGUCACCAUCAUCUUCAUCAUCAUCAUCCAAAAGGGUUAAAAGUAAUGGAACUGAUGAGCAGAAAGCGUCAUGCUUGGUUCAGGAUUGCAAGGCAGACCUCAGUCUUUGCAGGGAGUAUCACCGACGCCAUAGAGUCUGUGAGCUCCACUCUAAGACCCCUGUUGUCACCGUCAGGGGUGAACAAAAACGGUUCUGCCAGCAGUGCAGCAGAUUCCAUUCUCUGGUGGAGUUUGAUGAGGUGAAGAGAAGCUGCAGGAAACGUCUCAACGGUCACAACCAGCGUAGGAGGAAGCCUAAACCAGAGUCCCUCUACUUCACUUCCAACUUCCUGUCCGGUUACAAAGGUCCCAGAAUCUUGCAAUUUAGUAACCCGCAGAUAUGUGCAACCAAUAAUGUGAGAAGUAUGUGGCCUGUGGAAGCCAAAAAUGGAGCAGAAUCCAUGCUUUACAGCCGCCAUCCUUCAUUCAAUGGAGGAGAUAAACCAUUUCUUUUCUUGCAGACAAAUAAUGACCCUAAAGCUGCUUCAGGCAACCGGGCAGCCCCUCAAACUUUCUUGCCCCAGCAGCCAUUUCCAACAACUGCUGCUUCACCUGCAGAAAGCAGAAAGGGCGGUCAUAUAAUGUCUUCUGAUGGUAUGACUCGAGUCAUCGACUCGGGUUGUGCUCUCUAUCUUCUGUCAUCACACCCAGCACAAGCUUCAGUGACACAGUCCAGUGUCACUACUAAUCAUCCAGGUCAGCUCCCAGACUCGAGACUACAGAUGAACGGCAGUUUUGCAGAAUUCUCAUGCUCACAUGAUGCGGAGGACAAGGCUGCCAAUCCAGAAAUGAUGUUUCUUAUGGGGCCUGAUGGCUUUUUGGACAAUGGGGCGCAAAUGCUUCCAAUUUUAUUGGAGUAGUCUGAUGCAACCUGCAGGGCAUAUGCAUAUGCGGUAGACUUGUGUUUGUGCUACUUUACUUGUUUAUGUGGUCUGGAAUAAACAUAAUCUGGGACAAGUCAUCUGCAGAAAAUUGUGGGUGUAAUGGCUUUGGUUGGUAAUGUCACAGCUCUUACCAGAUACCAGUUUGUGGUUGUCAAGUAUUUGUGUUUUAAAUUGUAUAAACUAAGUCCUAUUUCUUUGCCUCUCUGUUUCAUGGAGAUGCAAACUUAAGGUUUGAAUUCUGCUAAA